AUGACUGCAUCCCGUGCAGAGUCUCAAAGUCAACCUCAUGGUCGCAGGAGGUCAAACACCGCUCAGUCCAUAUUGAGGCAACUGCCACCACCCCCUUUGGAACUGGGGGAUUCAAAAGUCUUGAAUCUAUGGGUCCAUGAUAUCAAAGAGUCGCCUACAGUCAUACUGAACCAAUCAUGGUGGCCUGGUGUCGCAGAAGGCGACAUGCUGCAUGUGAAGACCACCAAUUCAGGCGACAAAUCUUCAGGAUUCUUAUUUAGUGUUCCAAAGGACGAAGGUUGCUCAAAACCUACAUUGCAGAUCUCUCUCCCAAAGAAUGUCGCCGCUAAAUUUGGCAUGAAAAAUAAUGGUGAGGUCACAAUAACUAAAGUCGAUAAAGAGAAAUAUUCCGCUGAUUACGUCGAGUUCACAUUCCAGGACCAAUACCUUGGCCGUAAUGAGAUGUGGAGGCUCAGUGAACAUCUGGUUGGGCAAUGCGUAUUUGUGGAUCAGGAAAUAUCAUUCAUCGGAGUCAUUGCUGCCAAAGUCAAAAACAUAUACGCAAAGGGACAGAAGUUGUCAGCUGGCUAUGUCACGUCGCAUACUAAAGCCAUCUACCGGUCUCUCUCUGCGAAGGUAACCAUUUUCAUCCAAGUUUGUAGAGAACUCUGGGAAUUUGCAGGCGAUGGUGAGCGCUAUAACGAAAAAAUCGUUCACUCCUUCCUUCCUUCUCUCUUCGCUAAAUGGAGGGAAGCUGGAACCAACCAUACAGUCACUAUUGUCCUAAUAUCCAGAGUUUAUUACGAAGCCACGGAGAUCGAUUACGCAGCGGGGCCUUUGCGUCGUGAUGAAGAUGGGAAAUGGUAUAAAGACUUCUACAAAGUCAUUACAGACUUGGAGAUCAUCCAUGACUGGAAACCAACCCUUGUGGGCCUUAAAGACUCUUUUUGGGACUUCCAAAGAGACAUUCUGCUGACACAUCACUACCACCGCUCCUCAGUUGAAUCAGCUAUUGGCCCACCAGAGCAGGUACGAUUAGUUGGGCACUUGUCGUACGCCCAUGACGGUCCCAUUUUGGAGGCGCUAAACCUUGGUUUAAACCCCAACGAGACACAUUAUAUCGAUCGCUCGCUGUCCCUCACAGGCGCAUCCACGAUUCUAAUCACUCCGGGUACAGGUUAUUACCGGGUACCUAAGGAGUUACUCAGACUUACGACGACACGCAUGCUGGAUCAAGGGUUUGGCCUGGAUCUCGUUUCUUUGGCUAAACGUCCUCUCCAUCAAAGCCCUAUAUUCAGCUUCCAGGGUCUUGAGCCAGACAGAGAUGGAAAGAACGGUGCACGGGCAAACGACCCUCUUUGGGGCGGAGAUGAGGACCCGAAAGAGACUAUCCGGCGAGAGAAGAAGACGUUCUGGUGGGAACCAUUUUGGAUAACGGUGUCGUUUUGGGAUAGGCAAAUGGAUUUACCAUUCCGUGAAGAUAGGUUUGUGGCGAGAGCAAAGAUGCACGAAAUACAGAUGUUAGGGCUACUGGAGCACGACGUGCUUUCCUCUAUCGAAGUGCCAUUUCUUCCCGAGAAAAUUGAUCCGUAUGCUACUCCACCACGAGAUACGUAUGCGGACGACACUAUCCUCUCCAAAUAUGAUGCCGAUCAAGCUGACCUGGAAACAUUUACGCCUACGAGAAGGGAAUCAAGGCCUUCUAACAUAACUCGUACUUCUUACACAUCUUCUGGCAGCGGGACAAUGGUGACAGCCUCUUAUCGUUCAUCCAUUAUCAGCGAGAAACGUUAUGCUUCUCAUCGCAACUCUGUUGCUUCGCGCAUUGCACCUAUCGAAGAAAGUCCUCGGCGUAUCAUCAUGGAAUUACCUCCUGAGGGAGAUCACAGCGGUCUUAUCCCAUCUGUUACCGGAAUGAGCACAUCCCCGUCUCAGUCUUCCAUGAGAUCCGUUCGGUCAAACCGCUCGCUCGCACCUUCGGUAUCGACUACGACGUCUACCGAACGCCCCAAUUCCGAGGUAGGGAUAUCUCGUAUAUCCAAGUUGGCACCUUCUUGGCUAUUUUAUCCAUUUCGGAGCAGCUCCACUGAAUCUCAGGCGAAUUCCGCACCUUCUUCAGCGACUGGUUCUACUACUCCUACACAGACACCGUCUAUGCGCGUACCAAUUGCUUCAAAUCCAUCUGCUACCCCUUCCUCGUCCAUAUCCCGUUCUCCACAACCCAUGGCGAUCAUCCAUUCCUCGGGUCGAUCGACGCUUAGUAGGACAUAUGAAGACGAUAGCACUCUUCCCCAUCGGGGCUCUUUCCCAAGGCACUCACCGCUGAAUUCCCCUCCGCGCGAUGACGCCACUUUUGGUAGGCGUCGAAGCAUGAUUUUGAACUCCAUGACACUACCUUUCUCCUCUUCUUCACCCAUAUCCAGCUCACGAACGGACCCAUCCCGACCGGAAUCUACUGUCUCGUACACUCAGUCUUCUCUGGCACGUCGAUGGCAACACGUGUUUCCUACUCCUCUGUACAAACAUCAAGUGAAAUGGAAGUCAAUGGUCACCCCUGGGUGUCUUCCGCUUACUGUCGAACAUUUCCCAAGCGUGUCCGAACUCGAGUUUUCGUAUGACGUGUUUUCGUAUGACUUCGUAGUCGAUCCACCUGAGAUGCGCUCAUUUCUGGUCCAGUCACCCCAUACAGAGGGGACAUCGGAUGACAUCCGCCGUGCGUGGGCUCUAGUAGUCAUGCGAGGAAUGGUUGCAGUUCGGCUGGCUCAAGGGUUCCAAUUCGUUCUAAGGCCUCAAAAAAUAGCAGAAAUAGAAGAGAAAACAGCUAUUCGACGUACAAAAUCAUUUAUGGGUGAAGACGACGAAACGCCGAAACCCAGUGGGGCAGCAGAAAUUUUGCGCUCCACCCAUGAGCCUGUCUAUGUCAGCAUGAGUAACGAGAUUCAUCGGAUAUCCUACGCAGGUGAAGCGAUACAGGUUCGACGCCAACCAUAUGAGUAUCAGUGCCUCAUAUGGCCUAAACUUGGCAUUGGGUAUACCGAGUUGGCCACGAAAUUUACUUCUCAUGGCCUAGAAAACUAUGGGUGGAACAGAUUGGAUAUGCUGGUAGCUGGUUAUGAACAUCAAUUCAGCGAUUCCCUUCGGUACUGGCGGACGCGAUUCGUGGUGAUACCGACCGCUGAGCCUCCCUUAUCCAACACCGGUCCUUCAAAUGAAAAGCUGAACGAGGAAGAAAUUCGUCUGAUGGGUAUCGACAAGCUAGCCGAGAUAUUUUCCAAGCUACGUUGGCAACCUCCCGAGGAGCGUGGCAUGCAGAUGCCUCCAGUGCGCUUCUUGCCUACCACUUUCGGUCCCGCGAUUUCUGUUUUGGACGAUUCCCUUAUGUCUCAAUUAGACGAGAUACAUGCUACGGGUCCCCUGAAGAAAAAGAUGAAAAGUGAAAGGGAUAUUGCAGACAUGCCACUAGCAGCUAUCGCCAAAGCCAUGCGUGAAGACGAUAGUUGUCCUAUCAAACUCCAUAUAUGGCAUGGCUCGAAAUACCCCGACUCUUUCACAGGCUUCGAUUUUGUGUCUUGGUUGGUUCGCGAGUUUCGCGAUGUAUCUUCGAGAGAGCAGGGUGCUGAAUGGGGUACGAAGCUUUGGGAGCAAGGUCUAUUCACUCACUGCCGUGGGCUCCAUGGCUUCUUGGAUGGGCAUUAUUUUUAUUACCUCAAAGGCGAAUAUGCUGUAGCCAGCACUCCAAGAGGAUGGUUUACUGGUAGAUCACUGAGAUAUAACGGAGAUGAGUACAGUCAUCCCCGAAGUUACUAUCCAGCAAGCACAGCCAGGUUGCAUGGCGCUAGCCCCAAAAGGAAUAAGAAAAGGCUUAUACUGAGCCAAAGUAUGGUCAUAGACAUCGAUCCUGGUAAAAAAAGUGAUCAAGCCGAGCCAGUGAUAUUACAUCAUGACGUUAUUCAGAAUCCAGAAACAGUCUUCCAUUUCGAACUUCAGUGGAUUGGAACCACUGCCCGAUGCAUUGAAGACAUGCUUCGGCAAUGGAGUCGAACCAUUGAAAGAUAUGGGCUCAAGCUAGUAGAGGCGUAUGUAACCGAAAUCAGUGACAUUCGUGACCGCAAUGCUUUUCAGUCAUGUUUCCCCAUGCGUCCGAUCAUCCCACCUCCCGUCGUACCGGAUUUAGAAAAGCGAAUCCCGGAAGGCGCACAAGUCAAACACUAUUUUGAAUAUGCCAUUUUAAAACACCACGGAUUCAUCAUAGACAUCGAGGCGUCUGAUUUGUAUCCUGAACAAGUGGAUGUCGUGUACUCUUACCGCCGCGCCCCAUUCAAAUAUUCUCAGUUUGUCCAUCGGUCUGGUGUGGCGUUUGUGCAGGUUUUAGGCGGCUCUCAAGGUUUUCUGUUCUUGACGAAUCGGCUGAUGGGGCCUGGAAGGAUGGGAACGAAGAGCAAAGAUUACAGGCCCGCUGCGGCUGCUGAUGAUGUUAGGACCAGACUGCAGCAGUUUUGCCAAGAUCGAAUCGCCUUGAUGAAAUUCUACGACGAAGAACUCGAUAAACUCGCGCAUGCACCUGAGGAACCUCCACCACUGAGCAUAUAGGAACAACAGCUGGGUUAGAGGUUGAUGGAGGACUAUAUAAUGUAAUUGAAUGUGUAAAUCAUAGUGAAUGAGGAUACCGUGAUGUGGUGGUGCUCAAGGUGCCCAAAUUUA